AAAAUGGCGAAGCAUCAUCCCGAUUUAAUCUUUUGUCGAAAACAACCCGGUGUUGCUAUUGGAAGAUUAUGUGAGAAAUGCGAUGGUAAAUGUGUUAUAUGUGAUUCAUAUGUUAGACCAUGUACAUUAGUAAGAAUAUGUGAUGAAUGUAAUUAUGGUUCAUAUCAAGGUAGAUGUGUUAUUUGUGGUGGACCUGGUGUUUCAGAUGCUUAUUAUUGUAAAGAGUGUACAAUAAUGGAAAAAGAUAGAGAUGGAUGUCCUAAAAUUGUAAAUCUUGGUAGUGCUAAAACAGAUUUGUUUUAUGAAAGGAAAAAGUAUGGUUUUAAAAAGAGAUGAUCCAAGACAGCUAUGUUUCGGUUUUUAUAUUGUUGUAUAUUGAACAUUGUGUAAUGUGUUAUCUACACUGUCAGAGAUUUUACAAUAACAUUAGAAUGGAUUUAGUCACUCAGACACUGAAUAUAUCAGUAAGGAAAUAUAAUUUGACUCAUGUGAGACAUUCUGAUAACAUGUAAACAUUUUACAAGCCACAAUAGAAAAACUGAUGGGAAUUAAACUUUUUGUAGCCACUGUUCAACUUUAAAUAUGGACCAACGUGGUAACUUUUCUGCAAGCCAUCCAUGAUCUGAUGACAUUAGUUUUGAAUCACAUUGUCAAGAUGUUACUGGGUCAAAUGAUAUUUAACCACUCAAAUGAUUUGAUCAAUAAUUGCCUUUCUUAUAAUAUGUGGUGACUGGUUUUGUAUAACCGCUUUUAACAGUGAUUUUGAUUAAUGAGUUUAAGCUAUGACAACCUAUUUGGCAAAAUUGAAAUGAACACUUAGAAGAAUCUCAUCUGAUCAUGGAUGGCAAGUACAGAACACUGCAGAAAGAUAUUGAUUUCACUCAGAUUGACAAUUAAAUUUUGUAUAAGCAUUCAGGUUGAACAUUUCAAGUUUUUUAUCAUUAUGAUGUCAUUAAUGUAUAUUAUCAUUCUUCUGUAAAUAAGCUAAUAAAGGAAAUUAAUU